AUGGACGUCGCAAUGGAUGAGGCCGACUCACUCGAAGCACUCUCUGGCGUCCUCGAAUGCCUCACGGAGAACCCCUACGACAUCUCUCUCCAUGCUGAACACAUUCGCAUUGCUCGCGCGACAAACUUGGACGACCAGGUUGAGUCUGCACUGGAGAUGAUGACCGCCUUCUGGGCAGCCGGCGAGUCAGUAUGGCUACCCCUCAUUGAACGGAGGACAAGCACGGGCGACCUUGAGUCUCCGGAAGACCUACGAGCAAUCUUGGACCUGUAUACACGGGCAGAGCAGGACUACCUAUCCAUCCCGCUCCUACAGAAACACCUUGAGUUCCUUGUCGAGCGCUACGAACAUUUUGCAGAGUCUGAGAGCAAGCCCGAAGGACUCGGAGAACUGUUCAGUCCAGAUUGGAUGAACGAGACGCUCGCUAAGGUGGCAGAUCAAGGAAUAGGUCAUCUCACGAAGAGCCACUUGCUGUGGGACAUUCGGCGCGACUGGGAGUUCGAACGGCUCCAAAACGCCUCCGGAGAAGACAGGGAGAGGCUUGCGAAUUUAGUCGAAGCGAUGCUCCUCGAACGGCUACAACAGCCCCAUUCUAGUCAGUACACGUCUACCUAUAUUCCUAGGACGGCAUACUCGUCCUUCACUACUAACCAUAAACCCCACGACCAAUACGAAUCGCUUCUGGUGCAAGCUACAAAGCUACGCUCUCGCUCGGUCAAGGGCUAUCAGCUCCGAGAACGGCUUGAGGCCUCCUUGGAACAAGCCAGCUUCUCUUUAGAGGGAUAUGCAUACUACCUCGGCGUAGAACGACGGCGGAAAACACCUGACAUGUUUGUGGUGAAGCCUCUAUACGAACGCGCCAUCGCCGAGGCAGACAAGCGACGAUUGAGCGGGGAGCCUGGCGCAGAAGACGCCCUGCGUGCCUUUUGGACGGGUUACGUAGACUUCCUGCGGUCGCAAAGUGUUGAUGACGAACAGCUGCUUCUCACCUUCCGCCGCGGUAUGCGAAGCGUUCCGGCCUCGGGUGAACUUCUGGCUCGGUAUAUGCGCUUCCUGGAACGCGCUCUCGACUCUGAGGAAGCAGCUGUCCAGAUUAGCGUGGUGUACGAGAAAGCCCAGUCGGUUGCUCCGUUGCUGUCCGAUGUCGAACAGCUUGUCGCCGCUGUCCUGGCUCGGGCUGGAUUCGAGAAGCGAUCAAUCGAAGCCGGCAGCUCAGGCGAGGACUAUGAGAGCCUACUCCAGAUCCUCGUGGACGGGAUCAGCAAAGUCCGUAAAGCAUCAAAGACUGGUGACCCACGGCUCAGACUGGAGAAGUACCUGUCAGCUGUCGCGCAGUGUCUCGACGUAGACGACCUCCAUGCGAACGCCGUGGUGAUGUGGGAGGACACGGCCAAACACUACAAGACAAGCUACCUCGCCUGGACAUCCUACACCGACGUGUUGAUCAAGGAGCACAUGUACGAUGACGUGCGCAAGGUGUUCCGGGACGUCUCUGCGAAACACUUGGAUUGGCCCGAGGCGAUCUGGGACGCCUGGGUCUCUUUCGAGCAGCUGCAUGGCACUGUGGAGGAGCUUGAGAAUGCGCUGGCCCACGUCGAGCGUGCACAGACACAAGUCAACGCCCGCCGUGCUAAGGAGGCAGAGAAGGCGCAACUGGCGGCAGCACAACUCAUCGCCGAGACGCAAGCCUCCACCGUUCUCGCAGCGCAAGCGCCCGUCUCCGUAAAGACGGAAUCUGCCCCGGAGACUAUAGCGAUGGAUGUAGACCCUUCAGCUGCGACUGGCUCUCAUUCAAAGCGCAAGGCAGAUGAUGAAGACUCUGCAGAGAGCAGCAAGAGACCGCGCAUGGCGCUCACGGAAAAACACACAGAGGAACAGCCAGCGAAGCUGAAACGUGAUCGCGAGAACUCGACUGUGUUCGUUGGCGACCUCCCAGCUGGAGUGGAGGAUGAGGAGCUACGUGCGCUGUUCAAAGACUGCGGUGUCAUUCGCGAGGUCAAGAUCACGCAGCUGCCCAAUUCCUUGGUUGCAACCGUAGAAUUCUUGGAACGAGACAGCGUCCCGGCAGCACUCACCAAGGACAAGAAACGUGUCCGUGGCAAGGAGAUCGCUGUGCAUCUCGCAUGGCGUUCUACGCUUUACGUCACGAACUUCCCUGAGGAUGCGGACGACACGUUCAUCCGGACGUUAUUUGGCAAGUACGGUGAGAUCUUCGACGUGCGGUGGCCGAGCAAGAAGUUCAAGAGCACACGUCGGUUCUGCUAUGUGCAAUAUACCUCACCCACGUCUGCGGAGAACGCGUUGGAGCUUAACGGUACCGACAUGGAGGAGGGCCGCAGGCUCUCUGUGUACAUCUCGAACCCUGAACGAAGGAAAGAGCGUACGGACAGUGAUGCGAAUGAGCGCGAGAUAUACAUCGCCGGCCUCAGCAAGCUCGUCACCAAGGAGGACUUGGAGACCCUGUUCAAGACGUACGGUAACGUGAAAGACGUCAGGAUGAUUUUGGACGACAAGGGCAAGUCCAAGGGCUUCGCGUUCAUCGAGUUUACUACCGAGCCCGAGGCGCGUGCAGCGCUCGCUGCGAACAACCACGAGCUUAAGAAGCGCCGUAUGGCCGUGACUCUCGCAGACAGCCGCGUAAAGCCUAAGAACAAGGCUCCCGGUUACCGCGAGGAAGUACGCAACCGCUCCGUCCGCGUGAAGAACCUCCCGCCGAACACGCAAGAAGGGCUACUGCAGCAAGCACUCGAGAAACACGCCAAGAUCAAGCGAGUAGAAGUCUUCGCCGACAUCAACGAAGCGGAGCUCGAGCUCGAAAGUCCAGCGGAGGCUGGCAAGCUAUUACUCAGACAGGACCCGAUUGAGUUCAACGGAAACACGCUCCAGAUCGUCGCGGAGAACACGACAGGGCCGCCGACGUCGUGUCCGAUCGCCCCGCCCUCGGGCACGUCGGGCUUCUUCGUCCCGCGCAAUGCGGUCUCACGGCCGCGCGCUGGGCUGGGGAGCAAGCAGCGAGGGUUUGGUACCGGGCAGGCUGGGGGCUCGCGUCCUGGCGCACCCGCCGCGGGCGGGUCAGCCUCCUCGGCUAACAGUGGCGGGGGCGCGAAGGGCCAGGACGAUUUCCGAAAAAUGCUCCUGAGUGGAAAGUAG